AUGGAUCAACUAGCCAAAUAUCUGAACAAUACAGUGGCUGUAGUCACUGUUGAUGGACGAUAUAUUAUGGGAGUUCUGGAAGGCAGUGACCAACAUACGAAUCUCAUCAUUAGAGAUUGUACAGAAAACAAAUAUGAUCCCGAACAGGGUGUUGUUCAAGAGAGACUAGGAUUGCAAAUACUCAGAGGAAAUAAUGUAGUAUUUAUCGGUGAAAUUGACGAUUUUUUAUUUGUAAACAUGAAAAUCAACAGAAGGUCGCAAUACCCCUCAAAAAAUGUUCCAAGUAAUUCAAUUUUAACACAAAAUUCGAACGGCCAGUACAUCUCAAAAGAGCAUCCAACGAAUGAAAUGUGUUCCAUGGUUCCAAACACAUUGUUUCAGUAA